GGAGAUAGUAGUGGCAAUGGUCACUAUAAAGCAACAUGUUACUAUUGUAACGAAAGCUGGAAACGUGGAAAACCUCAAGCUAUGAAAGCGCAUUUAGCUAAUCAGUGUAAUUCUUGUCCUGAAGAUAUUAGUGCACAUUGGCGUAAGAAAUUAGCAGAGGAAAUUAAUAAAUAUACUCGUAAAUCAGCACCCGUGUCUACAAAUAUUCACAAACCUUUACAAAAUGAUCCUCUUCCUUAUGAAAUAAAUAAUCAUCUUGAUCAAUCGUUGCUAAAAGCCUGGAUUAUGACAGGAAUCCCUUUUGAAAUUAUUGAAAAUCCAUUCAUGAGGGAUUUUAUUAAAAAAUUAAAUCCACAAUAUAUCCCACCUUCAAGGACAACUCUUUCGGGACGUCUUUUAGAUGCUGAAGUAGCUCGAGUAACCACUGCGGUUUAUAAUGAACUUGAACACUGUGAAAAUCUUACCUUAA